AUGGAAACUGACGCUCGUUCACUGCCGCUCCUUACUCCUUCCCUCUCUCUCUGCCAGGCUGUGCCUGUGGCCCCCUCUUUCCCCACACUGCCGCUCACCCCUCAGCCAUCCCCUCCGCCCCCCACCUCGCUCUGCCUCUCUCCCCUGUCACCCACUCACCUUGUCACCCCCUCCCCCAUCCCAGGCUUCUUUAACCCUGCCUUUCAGUCCCACCCUCUGUCCCCUCCGCCCCACCCCCUCUCACCUGCCUCGCUGUCUCAGGGGCUCGGCUCUCACUGCCUUGGCCUGAUGGCCUCCUCUGACCAGGAUGACCUGACCUGCCUCAGCUGGCUGCACCAGAGGGGGGACUUGCUCCCCCUGCAGCCCCUGCCCAGAACUGUGCCGCUGCCGAAGCCAGCACAGCAGGACUGCUCCACCAGCCAGAACCUUCCUCCCUCUCCCUCCAAGCCCCCAUACUCCUUCAGUAGCCUCAUCUUCAUGGCCAUUGAGGAUUCCCCAGACAAGAGGCUGCCUGUCAAGGGGAUCUACGAGUGGAUUGUCAACAACUUCCCCUACUACAGGGCGGCCCCUGGUGGUUGGAGGAACUCAGUACGACACAACCUCUCCCUGAACAAGAGCUUCCGGCGAAUACACCGCAAUAAAGGCCAGACAGUCGGUAAAGGCUCACUGUGGUGCGUGUGUCCGGAGUACAGACCUGCUCUUCUCGAGGUGCUGAGAAAGAGUCACCACUGCCACAAGUCCAAUAACGCCUUGAAGAGCGUACCUGUGCUGCUGGAGGGAGGGGAUGUUGGACCAGCAGUGGUGUGUGAUACUGUGGAGAUCUCAGGCUUGCCCUCGGAGCACCCCGUCCUGACCUCCAACACCCCGUGCCCUCUGACCCCCGACCACGAAGAGCUGGUUACCAUGCAGACCGUGGAGCUUCAGGAAGGAGCGACAGAGGAGGAGAAGGACCCACUGGCUGACAGUGGCUACGUGGAAUUCCACUACUACCAGUACCACCAGUACCAGUACCUGGUGCUUCCCGGGGAGGCCGAGCUGGACCUGGAGACGGUGGAGAUCCUGCAACUGGAUGCCGAGGCCCAGGAGGCUGCUGGGUCACUGCUGCACCUGGCUGGGGGUGGACACUAA